AUGGCCUCUCCCGACGAGACCUCAGCUCUCGAAAUCAUACGCCAGCACCUUCUGGACGACCACAUAUUUGCCGAUAAUUACUUUUCCGCCCCACCCCAAAUCUCCCGAACCACCAGCGAUUCCAGCUCCCUCACUUCUGAAAUCACACCAAUCGACCCCAAUAAUCCCGUUUAUUUCACUUUCGCCCCGAUUAAUUACGGCAAUAGCAAUCCCGCCCCGUGCAUCGAGUUCUCAUCCACCCUUCUCACCACCAAAAUCGAGACCGAUACCUUCCUUGAGUUCCGACCCGACCCGCUGCCUGCCGACCGGAGACCCUCGCUCAGCGUAGCGAUUCCGCCGGCGGCGGCGGCGAGGCACUACAGGGGCGAGUACGUCAACAAAUCUCUUGUCAACACAUUUUGA